AUGCGUCUCCCUGCAAUCCUAGGCUUAUUGCCAUUCCUGCUCUCCGUUGCCGUUGCGCAGCGCGGCCAGGGAGGCGAAUGUAGGAAUGAUGCCGACUGUAUUAGAUGUGUAGGCGGCGUCACGCCUCUAUUUUGCAAGACCGACGACAGUUCGACAACAGGCAAGAGAUGCGCAGUUGCCAGCCCACCGUGCCAGCCAUUUUGA